CGACGGAGCCGACCCUGACCCCGCGGGGAUUGCGCUGUGUUCUGCGGCCACAGCCGCGUCUUCUCACGGCUCUGCUGUCUGCCGGGGCUCGGGCCGGGGCCCGGGCCCCCGGGGCAUGGCUCUCCGUAGUGCGCAGGGCGAUGGCCCCACCUCCAGUCGCUGGGAUGGCGGCUCCGAGAAGGCAGACUUUAACACCAAAAAGAAAAAGAAAGUGGCAGAGAUAUACCAGGCUCUGAACAGUGAGCCCACUGAUGUGGCUGCCCUUAGACGCAUGGCUAUCAGUGAAGGAGGGCUCCUUAAUGAUGAUAUCAGGCGGAAAGUGUGGCCCAAGCUCCUCAAUAUCAACACCAAUGACCCACCUCCCAUAUCAGGGAAGAACCUACGGCAGUUGAGCAAGGACUACCAACAAGUGUUGCUGGAUGUCAGGCGGUCUUUACGGAGGUUCCCUCCUGGCAUGCCGGAUGAACAGAGAGAAGGGCUCCAGGAAGAACUGAUCGACAUCAUCCUCCUCAUCUUGGAGCGCAACCCUCAGCUGCACUACUACCAGGGCUACCAUGACAUCGUGGUCACUUUUCUGCUGGUGGUAGGCGAGAGGCUAGCAACAUCCCUGGUAGAAAAAUUGUCUACGCACCACCUCAGGGAUUUCAUGGACCCAACCAUGGACAACACCAAGCAUAUAUUAAACUAUCUGAUGCCCAUCAUUGACCAGGUGAAUCCAGAACUCCAUGACUUCAUGCAGAGUGCUGAGGUGGGGACCAUCUUUGCCCUCAGCUGGCUCAUCACCUGGUUUGGGCAUGUCCUGUCUGACUUCAGGCACGUCGUGCGGUUAUAUGACUUCUUCCUGGCCUGCCACCCUCUGAUGCCCAUUUACUUUGCAGCUGUGAUCGUGUUGUAUCGAGAGCAGGAAGUCCUAGAAUGUGACUGUGACAUGGCCUCAGUCCAUCACCUGUUGUCCCAGAUCCCUCAGGACCUGCCCUAUGAGACGCUGAUCAGUAGAGCAGGAGACCUCUUUGUUCAGUUUCCCCCAUCCGAACUUGCUCGGGAGGCAGCCGCCCAGCAGCAAGCUGAGAGAACAGCAGCCUCUACCUUCAAAGACUUUGAACUGGCAUCAGCCCAGCAGAGGCCUGACAUGGUGCUGCGGCAGCGGUUUCAGGGACUUCUGCGGUCUGAGGAUCGAACGAAAGAUGUCCUGACCAAACCAAGGACCAACCGCUUUGUAAAACUGGCAGUGAUGGGGCUGACAGUGGCACUUGGAGCAGCUGCAUUGGCUGUGGUGAAAAGUGCCCUGGAGUGGGCCCCUAAGUUUCAGCUGCAGCUAUUUCCCUGAGAGCCAGGGAAGACACUUCCUCUUACACUACGUUAAGGUCUCACCCUUCCAUGGAAGGAUUGGGAGGGGUGGAAUUUCCUUUAUUAAAAGGGUUUCUGUCAAGGGUUUUCUAUUCCUGCCACCCUUCCCUGCCUGUCCGUGUUUGCCUUUGCUUCAGAGGCCAAAAACAGGGCCUGCCUGACACUGAGGGCACUUGGGGACCUGGGGAUAGAACUCUUUUCCUCUGCGCACUGGACUUCUGAGUGGGCUCUCUGCCAUCUCCCCUUGCAUUGAAGGAAAUGCUCCAGCUUUAUCUCCCAGCUGCUUUGGAGCCUGCUGGGCCUGGACUACCCUGGUUACUGGGGAACCUUCUGGCUGCCCAGUAGAAAGUAAGAGACAUGGAAUGUUAUCUUCGCAGCUCCUUAUGUCCUGUCUGCUUCAGAUGGACGGAAAAGGAAGGGGCUGCAGCUUAAGAAGUUAGGCCUUGAAAUGAAAGUGAGAGGGCAAAGGACUCUAGCCUGGGAACAAGAUUGGCCCCUCUUAAGAGCAGCUCCAUGAGCUGGUCAGAAAUCAGAGAGACUGACAUGGACUAGUUUACUAGUUAAAUCUACCUGUUUUCAGCUAGAAAUUACAUGUGCAUUUCCAGUCAAGUGGGAAGGAAUGUUAAUUUUUAGGGCCUAGACCUAGACUGGUUUUGCCUGCCUUUUUUCCCUCCCCAUUCUCUUCUACAAGCCACACGACAUUACUUAUAACAGACACUUUUAUUACUAUUUUUAGAAUUAUAUACACCCAAUGUGUAAAUUACCCUCACUUUAAAAAUAAUAGUUCCUCUGUGGAAAAAGUAGUUCUCAUCAAAAAGAUGAGCUUCUAAGAUCCUGAAGUUUACUUUCUACUAAAUUGUUUGACAUUUCACUUUAGCCAGAGUUGCUACUUGUAAACAACCCUACAUUUCCAAAGUGCCCACAUCCUAACAGGCUUUCCUUCCUUCCUGUUUUCCUCAAAUCACCCUUCUACUUCCAAAUAGAUACCCACUCACUGCUGUGGCAUCGUUUUUUGUGUCUGAUUUAUCUCAAUUGCUGGCCUCUCCUGCCUGGUUGGAAAUGUCACUGGAAACUUGCUGGCACCCAGAAGGCACAAACUGUAGUCUGAAGACCUUGGCAGGAUCCUGGAACAGCCAUCCCCCCUGCCCCGAGCUUCUCUGAGGAUUCUCCAGGCCUCAGUCCUUCUGGGACAGCUUUCCUGUAAGCAAAGCCAGGUAACUCUGGCUUGAAAAAAAAAAAGUGCCUUUUGCUGCUUUAAAGAAUUGGAGUAUAUAGUAUGAAGCAGCCAUAUACUUUUAUUGGCCUGGUCUUUGCUUGGUACUGUUCUCUCUCGGCAGGUGUUUUCUUAAAGUGAACAUGCCAGAAGCACUCUACCCCACCAUAUCCAGAUGUCCACAUCAUCCUGCAUGCCCACUGUGUGCAGAGUGGAAGGCGUGCAGCGGGCCAGGCAGCCGCGAGCUCAGAGCAGUUCGGAGAGGUGUCUACGCUGAGUUACACUAAGCACUUUAAAAACAGAACAAACUCAAAGUGAUGGGUCAUUCUCCACAGCAGGACCCCCACCUGGGAUGAGUGUGAUGUAGACGGAUUAAUUUAUAAAGUGGUGGAUUCAAGACAAAGGAAGUUCUUACAGGAUCCAGAGGUGAUGAUGUGGCAGAUAUUCCCAGUCUUCUCCCACCACAAGUUUGUCCUCUUGUCAUCUUUACAAAUGGGCAGCAGCAUCUGCCCUUUCUGAGACAAGCACUCGAGCCUGUUUGUAAACACCGAAAGAAAGGAUGGGAAGAGGAAAGGAGGCGUGUGUGACCAGAGUCCCAAGGCCACAGGUCUUUGGAUCCCAAGAAGCAAGUGUUAUUUGCUUGUAUUGUGGCCUAAGGAGAAAGUUUUUUAUAGCUUUUGCUGACACCAGGAUUGUCCCCUGCUGUUGAGAAGAAAGCAUUUUCUAUUUAUCUUCAGGUGGUUUACUUAUUCUGUAAAGAAUAUGUGUAAAUAUUUUGUACAAAACCCUGUAUAAAAUAAACA